AUGGCGUCUUCUUCAACUUCACCCCAUCAAAAGAGUUUUAAGUAUCAUGUAUUUUUAUGCUUUGGAGGUGAAGACACACGUAAGACCUUUGUUGAUCAUCUUUACGCUUAUCUUAAGCAAAAAGGUAUUCACACCUUCAGGGACAACGAGGAACUCAAGAAAGGAAAACGGAUCGAUGAGCUCUUCAAAGCUAUUGAAGAGUCAAAGUUCUUUAUCAUUGUCUUCUCCAAAAACUAUGCAUCUUCUUCUUGGUGCCUGAAGGAACUUGCGAAGAUUAUGGAGUGCCAGGAUGAGAAUGAGCAGAUUGCUUACCCGCUCUUUUAUGAUGUGGAGCCCAGUGACAUCCGCAAACGAAGUGGGCCAGUUGGAAGAGCAAUCACCAAACAUAAGUCUAACGAACAGAUUAACAAAUGGGAAAGGGCUCUUGAAAGUGCAGGCAAUCUGGUUGGGUGGGAUCUGAAAAACAUUGCUAAUGGGCAUGAAACUGAAGCCAUCAAAAAAAUUGGUGAGGAGAUUUCACUCAAGUUACGUUCCAUUCAUUUGAGCAAUGAUGAAAAUCUGAUAGGCAUGGACCGCCGGAUGCAAGAGCUGGAGUCGUCUUUGGGGAUUGGUUUGAACGAUAAAGUGCGAAUCAUAGGGAUCAAGGGUAUGGGAGGCAUUGGGAAGACAACAUUGGCUAGAUCUAUAUUUAAUAAAGUGUCUUCCCUUUUUGAAGGUAGUUGCUUUGUUGAUGAUGUAAGGGAAGUUUCAAAAAAGAAGGGUUUGCGGUCAUUGCAAAAACGAGUCCUUUCAGAUGUCCUGAACAUUGAACACAGAGGAAGUGUUUUAGAUGGGGAAAAAAUCAUGAGAAUGAGACUACGCUAUAUAAAGGUUCUUCUUGUUCUAGACGAUGUGGAUAAUCCAAAGCAGCUUGAGGCGUUAGCUGGUGAUUGGUUUAAGGACGGAAGUAGAAUCAUCAUUACAACAAGAGACGAGAAAGUGCUGCUAGCACACGGAGUGAAUGCGAAGUGGAUUCAUGAUGUCGAUUUCUUGUCGGAUGAGGAAGCAAUGAGCCUGUUUAGUAGGUAUGCAUUUAAGAGAUAUAUUCCAGAUCAAGGGUUUGAAAAGCUGUCAUCAGAAGUAGUACGUUAUUCUGCUGGUCUGCCCUUAACGAUCAAAGUUUUGGGUUCACAUCUUUGUGGUGAAGAAGAGGUUGUAUGGAUAGAUGCACUAAAAAGACUAGAAACAAUUCCAUCGUUGGAAACUCUAGAGGUAUUGGAAAUAAGCUAUGACGGCCUGGAGGAUGAUCUCAAGGAAAUAUUCCUAGAUGUUGCAUGCUUCAUGGUUGGUUUUCCUAAAGAUGAUGCAAUUAGAGCAUUUGAUAGCUGUGGAUUUCGUGGUAUCUACGGUUUAAGAGUUCUUGAGUAA